AUGAAACAGGCAAGAAUUACAAGAUUACAUCCUAUUAUAAGUCCUCCUAAAAAUGAAGAAGUAAAUCAAAAUUUAAUCAAGUCUAGGCUCCUUUUUUUGAUCCAUGUCCUAAGUUCUAAACUUUGUAUCAUCCCAAAUGUAGUUUAGAUAGGAUUAUUUCUUACUUGUUUUUAAAACAAAAUGAUAUAAAUGGUAAAACUUUUAGCUAAAGACGUAUUUGCAAAUUAGAUGCAACUUAAAAUUAUGAUGGCCCUUCAAAAUGUAGAGUUCUUAAAAUUCAUCCUCCUGAUGCUAAUAAAAUUAAUGGGUGGUAAAAUGUUGGAGGAGAAGUUUCAUAUGAUUAUGAUAAUGGAUGGAAAACUAGAUUGAGUGAUAUUUGUACAGAUAUUUAAGAAGAUAUAAACAUUAUGAGAAAGGUUUUAAUGGAUGAAGGUGAAUAAAAACAUAAUUAUAAAGCAAGGAUAGAAUAUCUAAGAAGAUAUAUUGAAGAAAUUAAUAAAAUGUACCAUAUAGUCAAUCUUAAAGAAGAUAUCAAGAAAUUACGUGGUAUUUAUAGAAAAAGUAGAGAGGAAAUUAAAUCUUAUGUUAAAUUUAAAGGUACUCGAUUUUUUGAAAUUGUUCCUUAAUUGAAAUCAACAUCAAAGACACCCACUGUCUUAGAUGAAUUUAAAGUAUUUAAACCACUUUCAGAUGAAAAAUUUAUGGAGAAAUAAAAAUAUCUCGAUGAUUUAUUUAAACAUCUGAAUAAAAAGAAUCAGUAAAAGGAAGUUAAAGAAUAAUUGGAAUAACUUGAUUAAUUAGAUAAAAUGUUAUAAUAAUCUGGAGUCAAAAUUGAUCCCAUUUAAUCAGAUCCUUUUGUUUCAAAGGAUGUUACAGUAAAUAAAGAAAUUGAAAAGAAGUUUGUUUUCGAAGAAUUUAUUGAAGAAUCUAAAUAAUAUGAAGAUGAAUAAGAAGGUGAAUAGAAAGAUGAAAUAAAUGAAGAAACUGAAAAUACAAAAGGAAAUAAUUAAAGACCUAAAAGAGCUUUUAGCUAAAUAAUUUCAAGCAAAUAAUAAGAUAAAAAAAGUGCUGCCUAAGAAUUCAAUUCCUAACAUUACUUAUUUGAAGUGAAAGAUGUGAAUUCAUUUGGUUAACAAAUUAGAUUGAACAGAUUAAAUAAAAUUAUGAAUGAAAUGUUCAAAGAAUAAAGAAACUUUUCUUAAGAUCUUUAAUAAUAUUCAUAUAAUCAUAUAAAGCCUUAAACUGUCUCAAAUAUCUCGUGCGAAAAUCUUCAAAGUCUCAAACAUGUAAUUUAUUAAUAAUAACAUAGAAACUUGUUUAAAGUAGAGAAAAAGAAUUAAAAAGAAUGAACAAAUCAUCAGCUUAAGAAAUUGGAAAAAGAAGCUCAGUUCACGUUUCUGCAUUUUAUUCUACUGCAACCUCUAAGCAAUAGCUAAAAUUUUAUUGA